AUUCGAAAGGCGUGGGAGAAAUGCAUACAUGGCGUUAUACACAAAGUAAGUGUGAGUUCACAUCACGGCUGCUCUGCUUCUAUGGGACGGUCCCACAGAAAGCCAGAGUGGAUUAUUAUUUAUUUUUUUUCUACGUGGAAAACGAAACGGUCGCACACACCGAGGUGACAUACUGUAUGAUCGUCAAGAGAAGCCAGCGGGAUUGUAUCUUCCACUGAAACAAAGACAGCAUGUCUCAAUGGAACAAAAAAAGGCGAGAAAACCCGCGCGGCUAUUUUCAGCCACCGCAUUAUUGCCCCUGUUGAACGCACACCGAGCGAGGGACAGAACGUGUGAGAGUCCGCCUGCGCAGGAGCUGCGAGCGUGCGCGCCUUUCUUCAGAAGACAGUUUUCUUAUUUGCAGCGUUAAAAAAAAAAAAACGUGCUUUGUUAAACUGCACAAGCGUAGGCUGGCGAACGCGAGGCGCCCUCUUGGAUAAAUUGGAGCGCAUGGGAAGGAUGCUGCAACUCACGAGAAGCAGGUGUAUUGAAUCAAGUGGAGGCGCAGGGCAGAGAGCAGGAGCGACGCACAACACCCACUGGACCUCAUAACCUGCUCCACGGGAAAAGAACGCUCUUUUAGGCAUGCUGCCUGCAAACGGGCUUUUUCUCCUUAAAUUUACAAGAUUUUCAACAACUUAAAACAAAGGACUGCUCCGUUGGUUAUCCCUGCUUCACUGAAAUCAAUCUUCUUAUCAAGGACAUAAUCAGCAGCAAGGAUGCCCGGGGCACUUUUAUCAGCGGAGUCACUCUACAUAGUAAUGGAGGUGGUGAUUGCUCUGGCGUCUGUAAUCGGCAAUGUGAUGGUGGUUUGGGCGGUGAAAAUUAAUAAGUCGCUUCGAGACACCACGUUUUGCUUCAUCGUCUCCCUGGCUCUGGCGGAUAUUGCAGUGGGAGCGCUCGUCAUCCCUUUGGCCAUUACAAUCAGCAUCGGGCUUCAAACUCACUUUUACAGCUGCCUGCUCGUGGCGUGCACGGUGCUGGUGCUGACUCAAAGUUCAAUCCUGGCUCUCCUGGCCAUAGCGAUUGACCGCUACCUGAGGGUCAAGAUCCCCACCAGGUAUAAGCGAGUGGUGACCCAGCGGCGGGCGGCGCUGGCAGUGGUGAUAUGUUGGACAGUGGCUUUCAUCGUGGGGCUCACGCCCAUGUUAGGCUGGAACAACCUGAGGCGCCUCCAGCAGAACGGCUCCAUCAGCGCAGACCUCGUCAUCACCUGCCAAUUUGAGAACGUUAUCAGCAUGGAUUACAUGGUCUAUUUUAACUUUUUCGGCUGGGUGCUGCCUCCGCUGCUCCUCAUGCUGGUCAUCUACGCGGAGAUCUUCUACAUGAUCCACAAGCAGCUAAACAAUAAGAAAUUCACCACCAGUCACACAGAUCCCAAUAAAUACUAUGACAAGGAGUUAAAUCUUGCUAAAUCUCUGGCGCUGGUCCUUUUCCUCUUUGCCAUCAGCUGGCUCCCUCUGCACAUCAUCAACUGCAUCACGCUCUUCUGUCCCGAGUGCAAUAAGCCGAUAGUCCUCGUCUACAUCGCCAUCCUGCUCACCCACGGCAACUCUGCCGUCAACCCGAUUGUCUACGCUUUCCGCAUUAAGAAGUUCCGUACGGCCUUCCAGAAAAUCUGGCAGCAGUACUUCUGCUGCAAGGACACGCCGGCUCUGGAGAUUCAGCCCAGCGACAGGAAAGAGACGCCAAAUGUAGAUUCACAUCAGCAGGCACCGCCGCAGUGCAAUCAGAAGGAAAUCCUUAAAUCUGAUCCACAGCAAGAGCAGCAGCAGCAGCAGCCUCCACCUGAGCAGCAGCAGGACCAGAAGGCCGAACCACAGCUGCAACCUAAAGAACAUCCGCCCCUACUGGAGCAGAACGCUGUCUAGGAAAACAGAGCUGAUGGAUGGAGAAGUAAUGAUCAGUGAACAAGCGCUGGAUUGUUCCUCAUUUGUGGAACAUGAAUUGCUGCACAGAGCUACGAGGCUUUACUGACUGUGGCGACUGGAAUCCCUGGAAGGUCAUUUAUCUUAACUCAGGAGGAGAGUGUUUACUGACAGCGUGGUCGGAGCAUAAAAAGGAAAGAAAGGGUACCUGUGAACUUACAAUAAUUGUGUUUAAUCUUAGUAACAAACUGAAAACAGCUUUAACUGUUUUUUUAUUCAUUCCGGUGAAACGGUUGGCGUGAACAAAAUGUGCAAUAUAUGUUAUUGUGGUCGGUCAGUAUCAGAUUAUCAAAUGUUAUCACUCUCUUGAACGUUUAUACUUUGGAUGGAGCAGGUUUAUCUUACUACUGUAAUACUGUGUGCGCGUUCAAAUGGAGAGUUGCUAAAGAAUAUGAAUGUAAUCAUGUAAAUAUGAGACUGUGGCAGCACUGCUGUGGACGAGCAUCUCUUUUUCAGGGUCUUAAUCGCACAGUGUGUCACGGAAGUGGCACUGGGAGAGAUUUUCACAGGAAGGCAGCGUGUACACGCUGAAAGAAAGGUUUUGUUUCCGCUGAAACAGAGUCCCACUGUGAUCCAACAUCAGCGGCGCAGAGGAGAUGGGCAGGGUUGAGACGCGGGCAGACGGAGGGAAUGGGAGGUUUGGACCUUUUAGAAGCUGCGUGCAAGAGACUCGUAGCCGGAGGGGGGGACGACUGCUACUUAUGAGGGAGAGAAACACAAGAUGCACUUAAAGCUCAUCUUUAUCCAGCCUCCAUGCCAGCUGGUGGUAAAAGUAGGGAUUCCCUUAUAUGGUGUGAUGGCAGCGUUAUUACAGCUUACCACCGGGGACAGUGGCUUACAUUGCCUUAUUUACUAAUUUAACUGGUAUCAGCUGAACUCUUUAACUGACUCAGAGACGACAACCUGAAGAUUGUGAGUAUUUACUGCUCUGUAAGCGCAACAUUUUGCAUUAUUUAGAUUAGUAAUUAAACUGUGUUCAAUGCCAGUGACUUAAAAGACACACACCAUGUGAGAAUGUAAAGUGAUUUAGUUUCACCUCCUGUAAAGGCUCAGAUCUCAUUUCGCUGAUGAUCUCCCAAAUUAGUGACAAUCUCUUAUAUAUGUAAGACUUUUUGUACUGCUGUCUAUAAAACAUCUCUCGUGCAGGAAAAUGUUGAACAUUGUGAACGACUGCGUCAACAGAAACCUGAACGCUGUCCACUCCUGUAUCUCGAUUUGGCUGCAGUGUUGAGGGUGGACUGAAAUGCAGUUUUAAGGGAAUAAUACUGGAUGAGUAAAUGUAUGAUAUGUUCUUUAUAUAGGUGAUGCUAUUUACAACCUAUGUUUACAGUUUUGAUUCUAAUAGAAUAGUGAAAAUUA